CCUGCGCGUCGGAGUUAUGGACUCUGGUGAACUGCGUUGUAUAUACCUGCUGCCAAAAAAUUUCGAUUCUCAGUAGACACCAUUCUAUUGUGAGUUUUGCGUUAUUCGUGGGAGCGAUGCAGCCAAGGUUUAUGAUUUUUGACAAUCGGACAAUAAACGCAAGAACGUACAAUGAAUGAUUACAAAAUUCCGAUAAUUGAACCAACUAUCGAUUACACAAAGGUUCCUCCAAUUAAUCAGAAGAGAACAAUUUCUUUUAUUAAUCAUUUUAUUGUACAUACUGUAACAUUCCUUAAUAAAUUUGCAUUGUCAUGUGAAGAAAGGCUAUUUGAGUUUGAAAAUAAGCUUCAGAAAAUUGAAGCUUCGUUAGAGAUUUUAGAAUCUUGGCUGUCAUCUGUCCCUAGUUUAGAACAAGAUCAAAGCACAAAAGACGUUAUAGAAAAUAAUAGUACUAAGCAAGAAGAAAAAACUGCAGAAAUAGAUGAACCUGACAAUGAUAAAGAAGAUGAGCCUAAGAAUGUACAGAUUGAUGAGCAACCAAUAAGUAAAGACCCACGUUAUGAGAAAUAUUUAAAAAUGAUACACUUUGGUGUACCAAAAGGAGCAGUUAAAUUAAAAAUGGAACAAGAAGGAUUGGAUCCAUCUAUAUUGGAUGAUUCCCAGCAAAUAGUUUCUAAGCAGAAGUCUACAAAUAAUGGUGAGAAUAAAGCAGAUUAAAUAUUUAGUUAUGCUAAUAUUAUUGAGCACAUAAAAUAUUUUCACAUUAUAAAAUACAGUUAACAAAAAAAUAAACAACUAUACAAAUUCA